UUAUUAUUAAAAUUUAAUUUAAAAAUGCGAUGUCAACCUUUUAGAGGGAAAUAUCAGCAAGAAACAUUAUAUCCAAAUCCUUCUUCAAUAUCUCAAAAUGGAAAAUAUACCGCUGGAAGUAGUUUUGUGAGCGAUAAUAUUUAUAAUUAUGGACAGGGAGAGAAGGAUGAUGAAAAAAUGGACGAUGAUGAUGGUUGGCUUAGUAAAGAUACUCAAAAUUUAAAUAAAAAUAAAUCAACAAAUUCGUCUUCAUCUCCAUUUAAUAAUCAAAAGUCGUUGUCACCUACAAGGGAUUCCCUUUUAGAAAAAUCAAAAAAUUUUAAUGAAAAGAUUUUUGAAAAUAAUUUUGUUGAAGAAAAAGAUGACGACACUGACACAGAACCUGGUGAAAUUCCAACAGAUUUUAACGAAACAAAUAAAUUAAAUAAUGGGGAAUUAAGUUUUUUUGAAAAUGAUGGGCCUGAUAAUCUUGAUAAAGACAUUAUUUGGUUAAUUGGAGGAGGAAAAAGAGUUGAAAGUAGCAAAACGGUUGUUGGAAAUUAUAAAAAUGUUAAUAAGAAUAAUCUGGUUGAAAGUGGAAUUGAGGUUUUUUUUAUUUAA